CGUUAAAUAGCCGCCGCAGGAGAUGACGCGAAAUCAAUGGCCCCUCACAGCAGCUAUCACAGUGGAUUUACUAAAACUUGCGACACGCCAAAAUGAUGAAUAUAACAACGGCGACAGGUUAUCCCUAAGGUGCAGAGAUUCUCCGGGUCUUAGCCCGGAAUCCCCCUGCAAUCCUUCUUUGACAUGGGUUGUUCUUUGUGUAAAAAGACGUGCAUGUCGGCCGACAGUUUUUCACCUCGAAAACCAGCUGUAGCAGCAAUCUCUCCUCUCCACAGCAGCCAGAAAACUACCCUGACAUUCGAACGCCGCUCCUCCCCGCAGGAGAAAAAGAAAGGAGAGAGAGAGAGAGAGAGAGAAGGAGGUUUAACUUUUCUUCAGACAUAAUAUCCGCCGACAGUCCUAUAGUAAGCGGUCUAAUGGUGACAAUGUCUAGCGAUAAAGCUACAAACCCGCCAAUGCAGCCGAUCAUUCUGUCCACGGAAGUGGACGAUGACGAUUCAUGUGAAAGCGAAUACAGACUGCGAAUCGGAAGCCAAGUCAAAUAUCUUGUCAUCUCUCCCGGAACCUUUGACAGAGACAUGCUUUCAUCCCCCCUGCAGUCGUUACCCCGUCUUCCUUAUGACGAGGAAUGGACCGUGGCGCACAUCUCGCGAGAUAAAACCAGCGGCGACUUGAAAACUUCCAUCUUGAACCGAACACUAGCCGGCGUCAAGUGUGGAUGGCAUCAUACCAGGGUUGAUUGCCUAGAGUUGGAGAAGACCAAACAGCUCACGGCAAUGGUUUUCGAAGCCGUCGUCCCACAUUCGAUCCUCCCAAUCACUCUCCUAUCACCAGCCACAGCGAUCGCUAAAAUAGCCCGUUUCGAAUGGGAGCUGCCUCGUAUCGAACAAGAAACGAGAGCAUAUCAAUUGCUUGAGGGUUCUGGACUGGCCCCGCGCUUCCUCGCCCAUGUCCAUGAGAGUGGACGCAUCGUGGGUUUUCUAUUGGAGAAAAUAGAGGGACGCUCUGCUUCCUUCCAGGAUCUGAGCAUUUGCGAAACCGCUCUGGGAAAACUCCACGAACUGGGACUCGUACAUGGGGAUGUGAACCGAUAUAACUUUCUUGUCACGGAAGAAGGGGUGAAACUACUCGACUUCGAACGCCUUCAGGAGAAUGCUAGCCCCAACUCGAUGAGCAAGGAGAUGGAGUGUUUGCGUGCCGAAUUGGUCGACGAAUCAGGACGCGGCGGAGGUUUCAUUUUCCAUGACGAUAGCGAAAGCUGAAGACACACCUAAUAUCCCGGGGAUCUGAAUGCGCCGUUUUUGGGGUGUGUGAUUACCUGCGCUACAUCGUGGUGACUGAAGGAUACAGGUUGAGAUCCAGACGGUGAAAAUAUAAGUACACGACCCAUAUAAACACUCAUCCGAAACCCUGCAAGGACC